AUGGCUAUACACCGUAAUAUUACACCAAAGGGUGGUUAUCACCUUAAGCAUAAACUAAAAGGCUUGAAAAAAAGAAAAAAGCAAGAAAAUCGGUUAGUGAAUGGUGUCGAGAACAACGAUAUGCAAGUAAAAAAGAAUUGGGAAAUCCCAAGAAAACUUUUACACACUUCUAUAGGUAGGCUCAGUUAUCUGAUAUUUUCAACUGCUUUAACAAGG